AUGACCUCUCUUCCGCUCGAGGACGACGUCUUCUCUCCCAGCACCGAUGCCGCCGGAAGGCUGCUCGAACGCGCUGAACGAUACCUACAGGCGAAAGAUCAACAGCUGCAAUGGGCUGGUCGACUUGGACAAACAGUUUUGAAUCAGCAGCUCGCUAUGGAAGCUCUUGUAUCGCGAAUCAAGGAAGACGAGAUAUACGCAUAUGGAGAUAAAGCCGGCAUACGAGAGGAGGAAGAGUUGAGGAACAUCCAGGAUAUGAUGCAGAAGUGGGACAAGGAAAUUGAGGAGGAACUUUCCCAGCUGCAGCAUGAUGCCCCGGAUGGUUCAUCUGUACCAUACCCAGCGAUCGACGAGACGGAGAUGUUCGAGAGUCCCGACAAUGGUCUCGACUCCACUCCGCGACACUACCUAGAAAACCAGACCGGCGUUCCUCCCUCUACCAGCGCCACAUCUGCUGCGCAGUCAUCGCGGAGAGCAAAGAACGCUGCCCACAGAAAUGAGGAUGCAGGGUUCGCACUUGAGAUCUCAGACUCUUUGAUUAUCGAAAUUCGGCGACUACAGACCUUGCUGCAGGAGCGCGACAAGAUCAUCACAGAAACCACAGAAGCUGCUCGACAACGGGAUGAAGAAGUUCUUGCGCUCAAACAACAGGUCAAGAAGCUGGAGCAGAACUCGGAGAAGUUUCGGGAAGAGAACUGGGAGCUCGAAAUGCGGCUUCAGGAAUCGUCACAAAAGGAGAUAACUGCCACGUCUGAAGCGCGCCGCUUGGCCAGCGAAGAGAAGCGUCUCAUGCGUGAACUGACCCACACGCGUGGCGAAAACGAAACCCUCAAGGCAAGCGUGGAGAAUCUCGAGACGCAAUUAGAAGAGCGUCAGGCGCAGCACGAGAAGGCCACUGCCCAAUGGCGUCUUGACCAAGUCCGCCUCUCUCGUGAGAAGAGCGAUCUUCGCCAGGUAUUAGAAGAAGAGCGCUCUCAGGAGGAAAGACGCAAGCGGAUGCGCAUUGUCAGUGGAUCUUCUCUACGAAAUCAGAGCGCCGUUUUGGAGGAGGAUGAAGAGGAACCUGAGGUGGACAUUUUCGCUCCCAGCAAAGGUCGCAAGUCACUUCCGUUUGGUUCGGUGCCCACCGUGGAUAUUCAAGAGGCCGAUGAAGAGGAAUAUGAGCCUGAAGAGGACCCAGAACUUGCUUCCUCGGUCCUCAGCCAACCUCGAACUCCUAGUGGUCGGUCCUCAAAAAUGGACGUUAUGCGCGCUCAGCUCUCACAUUCACAUCUUCGCCAAUCUGCUCUCAGACAAAAAGUCGGCAAGAAAGGCAGCGCUGAUUCUCUCGUUCCCCCUGCACCCGCGUACGAACAAGAGGAGGAAUGGGAGGAGGAAGCCGAUGCUGACGAGCACACCAGUGUUCCUUCCACUCGCGGUAGAUCUUCUCGCGGUCGGCGUGGCACUGGCACGAGAGGACGGGGAGCCGGAUUUGGCGCAAGCAGAUCUCGCGCCGCUGUACAAGAACUCUUUCUUUCUGACUUCACUUCGUCCUCCCCGCCUUCGAUCGAGCUGGACGAGCCGCCUCGGCUGGAAGCAACUUCACCUUCGCCUAACAAUACCACUGUCAAUGGUAGUCUGGGCAUGGAUCCAAUGUAUGCGACAUCCCUCACCCCUCCUGGAUCUCGACCUGCAUCCCUGCUCCACGGUGCCAGUCCCCUGCGUCGGGUCACCGGUACAAGUCUGGGCGACGAGCUCGGUGACGUGGACUGGAGCGCUGCAGAGCGUCGCGAGAUGGCAGAAACCGAGAUACAAACCGAUCCGAUUGAGCCCACCAUCCAGAUCAUUGAGAAGGAGAUCAUCAAAGAGGUUCCUGUCGAGGUCAUCCGCGAAGUCGAGAAGCUCGUUGAAGUACCCGUAGACAGGAUCGUGGAGAAGCUCAUCGAGGUGCCUGUGGAGGUUGUCCGUGAAGUGGAGACCAGGAUUGAAGUUCCAGUCGAGGUGAUUCGUGAAGUAGAGAAGCGAGUUGAAGUGCCCGUGGAGAAAGUCGUCGAGAAGGAAGUUGUUAAGAUCAAAGAAGUGCCGGUCGAGGUCAUCCGGGAGGUUGAGAAGCGCGUGGAAAUCCCUGUUGAAGUCAUCAAGGAGGUUGAGAAACGUGUGGAGAUCCCGGUUGAGAUUAUCAGGGAGGUCGUGAAGCUAGUCGAGGUUCCCGUCGAAAAGAUCGUCGAGAAACGCGUGGAGGUUCCCGUCGAAGUCGAGAGACGAAUCGAAGUCCCGGUAGAGAAGAUCGUCGAUCGUCAUGUUGAGGUCCCCGUGGAACGUGUUGUCGAAAAGCGAAUCGAAGUCCCUGUCGAGAUCAUCAAGGAGGUGAUCAAAGAGGUGGAGAAGCGCGUCGAAAUCCCUGUUGAAGUCAUUAGAGAAGUCGAAAAGCGCGUGGAGAUACCUGUGGAGAAAAUCGUUGAGAAGCGUGUUGAGGUUCCCAUCGAGGUCAUCCGAGAGGUGGAAAAACGUGUAGAAGUCCCCAUUGAGGUUAUCAAGGAGGUCGAGAUACGCGUUGAGGUCCCUAUUGAGACGAUCAAGGAGGUCGAGAAACGCGUUGAAGUGCCAAUCGAUCGCAUCGUUGAAAAGAUCGUUGAAGUGGAGCGUAUCGUGGAGAAGCGAGUGGAUGUGCCUGUUGAAGUCAUCAAGGAGAUCGAAAAGCGGGUUGAGGUACUCGUGGAAGUUAUCCGCGAGGUGGAGAAGCGAGUCGAAGUUCCUGUGGAAGUUAUCAAGGAGGUGGAGAAGCGCAUCGAGGUACCGGUGGACCGUGUCGUGGAGAAGAUCGUGGAGAAGAUCGUGGAGAAGAUCGUCUUUAGAACACCACCCACCACGCCUAGGGUUGUGCCAUCUCAGCCGCAAGUGUCACCGACCCCGCGGGGCUUUGCACCACCUGCAUCACGCACCGAUACUGACACAGGCGAUGAUGGCUACACGACUGCCACAGAGAACCAGCGACCUUCUACAUCAAUGUCAUCUACAACAGAUGAAGAAUACGCUGACGCCCGCAGCGUGGCUACCGCAACACCAACCCAAGAAUUCUAUUCUGUCAGCGGAGGAGGAGACAGUCGGGACCUGCUGGGUAACGCCGCAGAUGACGAAGAUGAGGAUGAGGAUGGCACUGAGUAUGCUGAGAGUAUACGUCCAAUGCCUCGGCGCCGGGAAGGUGGGACUCGAAGAGGUCCGAUCGAUGCCAUCUAUGAACCAGCCAUAACUGAGUCUGAACCGGAACCCGAGCCAAAGCGACAGAUGGCCGAAGCAGAGGUCCAGACGGACGAAUGGGUGCCCCCGUUGCCGUCCCCUGUUCUGGAGAAUCUGCCUGCAACAGGCGGAAGGGGAUUGUUCUUGGUUGGGCCAAAGUCUCAGAUGACGUUUGUUCCCAGCAUGCCCCAGGCCAUGUCCGCUGCAUCCGCGAGUACAACGUCACUCACACUUCCGGUCUCCCGUCCUUCGAAUGCCACGUCUGCUGCUGUGCCCGCGUCUCUGCAUAGCAAUGGUGAAAGAAUGGCCAGCAAGCGCACACCGAGCAUUGAGUCUGUAUUCGCGAUGGAAAAGGCGGUCGGUAAUAAGACAAGCACCACACCAAGUGUCAUCCUCGACCGGAGCAAGCCUCCAGUAAUGUCUUUGCCACCCCCACCGCCGCUCCCGCCCCCCAGCUCAAUGCCACUCGCCAAGCCACAACCACCUCCUCGACCCACUUCUCCCCCUCCUCCUGAACUACUUGCCCGCGCUACGUCACCGACUUUCGGAGCCUCUGCAUCCGGCAUGCUGGCCCCCCCGCGAAGUGGUCUUCGUCCAUCAGGGUCCGCACCUCCACCAACGCUACGCUCUGUGCCCUCGACUGGUAGCUUCAAGUCGUCAAAGAGUCCGAACACUAUGCUCUUUCCCUCGAGUACUCUCUCGCCUGUGGCAGGGUCUCCCCCAGAUGCCCCACGGCACGGGCAGGCUUCUCAAUCUCAAGUUUCGUUAGUGCCAUCAAGUCGCUCGUCGCGUCGACAAUCCCUAUCCAGUAUGGGUAGUGAAAGAGUCCACUUUGCUGCUGCACCACCACGAGCUUCCCAGGCGCCCAGCACACCCGGAAAACGUACAGCGAUAUCCAAUGCAUCUGGACCGCAACCAAGUUCAACAGAUCCGGCCAUCAUCCACUCGAUCACGCAAACUAUGAUUGGCGAAUUCUUGUACAAGUACAACCCUAAGGCGUUACGAAGAGGUUACGGAAAGGAGAGGAAUAAGAAGUUCUUCUGGGUGCAUCCAUACACAAAGACACUCUAUUGGAGUGAUGCGGACCCCGGGGCCCUGGGCACGACCGAAACUGUUGCGAAGAGUGUGUACAUCGAGUCGGUCAGAAUUGAGGAGGACACAAACCCAAAGCCACCUGGUCUACAUCAAGAGAGCAUUGUGGUUUCCACAACUACUAGGGAGUUGAAAUUCACAGCGCCAACCAAAGAAAGACAUGAGAUUUGGAUCAAUGCCCUGAGGUACCUCAUCGCCCGUCCGCAGGACGUGUCUCUUUCGCCUCAAGCUGACCCUGGAAACGAUACAACCCUGACCGUGGGUCCCAUCAACAGUACUCCAAUAAAGAGCACCAGUCUUGCGAGUCCCAGAAGCCAAAGAUCGUAUCGCAGCAUCAGCAAUGAAGGAGCUGUUAACGAGCAUGGCUGGAAUGUUGCUCCCAACAUGCCAAAUACCCCACGUGGCAAGCGUAGCCAUUCUCAGCUGUCGACUGGUUCCACGAGAAAACGACCCGGCACUCCAGCUGCCGAGUACUUGAGAUUGAGUGAGAGUCCCCAGAAGCCAGGCACACCUUUUGUGGUAAAUCCGGAAGUCUAUCACGAUCAGGAGGAGGAUCUGAGCUAUACGGACGAAACAUUCGAAAUGACCGAGGACGUCAACGCCCAGGAAGGUUAUGAAGGUCUGGAGAAUGUUCGAGCAUGCUGCGAUGGCAAGCAUGACGUCGGCACGCUGGCAUCUCAUCCACCCCACAUGCACAACUACCAUCACAACAGGAUGUUCCAGAACCGUACCAUAAACCAUAACAUGCCACCCCCCCCACCCCCGCCACAGUUUGCGCCGCCACUGCCUCCUGAUAUUCCAGAUCGGCCGGCGUCCCCUUCGGCAUGGUCUUUCCGAUCGAAGGGUAGCGGUCGCUCCGGCGGCGGAGGUCUCUUCGCUGGAGGUUCGCUCCCGCGCAAUAUCUUCGGCACGAAACGAAGGAGGACCGUCGGCACGUCCGGCCGUUGA